AUGCAUGUUCACUUCAUAACAAAAAACUUGCCAUACACAGAUCAAAAACUUAGUGAAGUAAGGUCAAAAACUGAGUCAGAUCCAACACUCAUUACCUUGAAACAAAUCAUUCUUCAAGGCUGGCCUGAAAAACGCAAAGAUUGCAAUUCUCAAGUUCUAGAAUACUGGAAUUAUAGAGAUGAACUCACUGUUGUAGAUAAUAUCAUCUACAAAGGUCAAAGAUUGAUUAUUCCUAAGUGUCUAAGAUCUGAAAUGUUAAAUUUGCUACAUAAAGGUCACCCAGGUCAGGAACGUAGCUUCCGCAGGGCACAAAUUUCUAUGUUUUGGCCUAACAUUAGCAAAGACAUAGUGCAGAAAGUGCAACAGUGUUCUGUAUGUGCAGAGCAUCAAAGGUCAAAUUCAAAGGAACCCUUGGUUUCACAUGAAAUCCCUAAAUACCCAUGGCAGGUAAUAGGUACUGAUGUAUUUACAUUAGAUAACCAAGACUACUUGUUAGUAUGCGACUACAUGAGCAACUAUUUUGAAGUUGACAUGAUUAAAAAUACAAACAGUAGCACUAUUAUUAAGUUAAUGAGAACUUGGUUUUCAAGACAUGGUAUUCCCCAGAAAAUAGUUUCAGAUGGUGCUAGUUAUUACACAUCACAAGAAUUUAAAGAAUUCACAACUAAAUGGGACAUAAAGCAUGUAAGGUCAUCACCUCAAUAUCCCCAAAGUAAUGGCCUUAGUGAAUCAUGCGUGAAGAAAGUAAAAACAUUGCUCAAAAAAUGCAAGCAAGAUGGGACAGACCCUUUGAUAGCAAUUUUAGAAUUACGUGCUACCCCGCUAAGCAUUAGACCCCUUAAACCAUUUAACAUAGGAGAAAAUGUUAGAAUUCAGCAGGGAAAAUCUUGGAAUCCCGCUGUCAUUCAAGAAAAAUUAGACAAUCGCUCCUAUUCUGUAGAAACACCUGAUGGUGGUCAAUAUAUCAGAAACAGGCAACAUCUAAUGAAGGAUUAUACCUGCCAAGAUAAUGACCCUCCAUUAAACACUGAUAACAAUCAAUUUACACAGGCCAUUUGUAGUAAUCAAGACACAGCAGAUUCCCAGGGUAAACUUUCACACCAGUUAACCUCACAGCAUGCCAGUGUCAAGAGUGAUAAUCUGACCUUUAAUCACUCAAAGUCGCCUGCAUCAACAAAUACUCUCAAACUGCCAAACAUUUAUCCAGAAGCUUAUGUAACUCGUUCUGGGAGGCAGGUUAAACCAAAGAUAAUUCAGUCGGUGUAA